GAGGAGGAGGGGACACGGGGUUGAGAAGUCGGGCGUUUGUUCAAUGCGCGCAGUCGCCUGUUCCUCCGGAGGUCUCGGAGUCGCGGGCGUGAGAAGAUCGCGAGAGAGCGGCGAGGACGAAGGCGCGAGACGAAGAUGCUGCGACUCGUGCUCCGGGAGACGCUGCCCCUCUUCUGCUCAGCGCUCGCCCUGGCCGGGAUGAUGAUUGUCGCCGCGGCCCCGCCGCCGCCUCCUCCCGGUGCGCGCCAAGCCCUGCUGCACCCCAUGCGCUCUCCCAGACUCAGCUCCCUUCACGCCGCGAGGCUCGGCGCUCAAACCAGCUCGCGGGUGGUGCCCGGGGCACAAAGCGCGCGGAGGCAACUAUCGGACGAGCCGCUUCGACACGGACUAUGGCCACGGGCAUCAACGUCGUCGUCGUCAGCAGCAGCAGAGUCACUGGGUCGGCACGAUGGGAAGACCGUGAAGAGACCCUUAGCGUCGGCCGAAUCGCGAGCGCUCGGCGCUGUGCUCUCCAGAGUGGCCAGGGCUCGGCUCAGGGAGUCUCGAGGGAAGACUUCGCUCAGAGGAGAGGGAGGAGGAGCCGGAGGAGCCGGAGGAUCGCCGAGUCCCUCCCACCGAGCGAGGAGCGCGCAGCGUCGCUUCACCCCGACAGAGAGCCGCGCCGCCACGACCGAGCCAGAUUCCAGCUCGGGGGGCUGCCUGGACGCGGCCAGGUGGUGGGCCCCACGCGAGCGCUGGGAGCGCGUGUUCCAGGGCAAGCGUCUCGAGUGCACCUGCCUGGGCGGUCGGCGCGUUCACUGCAGGGCGCUCCGCUCGGAGGACACCCAGGCAGGCAAGGGCAGCCACGGAGGAGGCGCGGGCAGCUCGGAGGGCGACGCAUGCCGCGACACGGCGCUCUCGCGCUGGUUCUCCGUGGGCCAGGCGUGGGAGAGGCCCCACCGUGGGUGGAUGCUGCUCGACUGCCGGUGCAUCUCCAAAGGCAACAUCCACUGCAGCUCCCGCAAUCGCUGCAACGACGCUGCGACUCGCCGCUCGUACCGCGCCGGGGAGCGCUGGCAGAAGCGCGACGCGGCCGGGGUGCCGCUCCUCUGCACGUGUGGGGGGAACGAGCAGGGCCAGUGGACGUGCGUGCGCAAAGCUCCUGGCACAGACCCGGACCAGACCCGGACCACCCUGGGGAAUCCCCAGGGCCGCAAGCAGCAAGUGAAUGCUCCAGGAGGAGGUGUGACGAGCGAUGAGGUAGAGGAGGGAGUGGGCACCGAGGGUCCUGCUGCCUCACCGCGCGCGACCAGUGGGAGUGAGGCGGUGCCGGAGGCGGCCGCGGAGUCUGGAGCCGAGGGUUCGGACACGGGCAGGGUCCGCAAGGUGGUCACCAGGGACCAAGCGGGCGGCGGUGCGGACAGGCGCACGCGGUGUCGCCUCGGCCGUGGCGUGGAGUUCGUGAGCGGCCAGCGCUGGACGCGAGCCCAGGGUCAGCACCGCGAGAUCUGCAGCUGCUCCGCGGGAGGCGAGGCCAAGUGUGUUCCACUAGGAGUGGCGCAUACGCGAGGAGGGAACGCCGACGGGGAUCCCUGCGUGUUCCCCUUCGUGUUCGAGGGGAUGGCGCUGUGGGGCUGCACGGCACGGGGCCGCACUGACGGGCGCCAGUGGUGCGGCACCACGAGCAACUUCGACCGUGACAGCAAAUACACGUACUGCGUGGACGAAAUGGAGAUGCUGGUGCCCUCGCAGGGAGGGAACUCGCACGGGGCACUCUGCGCGCUGCCCUUCUCGUUCGGAGGCCGCGUCUACAGCGAGUGCACGGCGGUUGGGCGCGACGAUGGCGAGCUCUGGUGCUCCACCACGGCAGACUUCGACGGCGAUGGCAAGUACGGCUUCUGCCCCAUGCUUGGCCAGUGCUCCGUGGACGGGGUCCUACACGACAGUGGUAGGAGCUUCUUCAAGCGGCACGAGGAGGGCCACCUCAUGAACUGCACGUGCCACGGGCGUGGGCGCGGCAUGUGGACGUGUGACGGCCUGGACCAGUGCCAAGACUCGGACUCGCGGGACUACCACCAGGUCGGGGAGACCUGGGCCAAGGUUGUGGAUGGGCUGGAGUUUCGCUGCCAUUGCUAUGGCAACGGCAUCGGCGAGUGGAACUGUAAACGCACGACUCCUCCCGAGGACCCGGUGCAGCCGGUGCAGGUGAUGAUCAGCGAGAGUCCCACCAACCGACACUCGCACCCCGUGCGCUGGAUCAACCCCAGCAGCAGCGCGGCCAUCGGCUACAACCUCAAGUGGAGGGCGAAGGACGGCGAGGCGCGCUGGCGGGAGGUGGACCUGGGGGUGGAGGAGGAUGGUUACGUGGUGACGGGACUCGACCCGGGCAUCACGUACGAGGGACAGCUGUUCACCCUCCGGCCCGACGGGCACCGCGACGUCACGAGCUUCCAGUUCAGCACAUCGGCCACACCACCUCCAGAGCCGCCUGAGGGACUGAAGGUUGUGGACAUGACUGAGUCUUCCAUCACGAUUGGGUGGGACAGGACGGACGAGCAACUUACAGCGUACCGCGUUGUGCUGCUGCCCGGCAUGGGGCGGGCACCCAAGGAGAUGAUGCUGCACCCGGGCGCGACGUCCGUGAUGCUGCUGGAUCUCGUGUCAGCCGAAGCCUACACCGUGAGGCUGUACGCCGUGAGUGGCGACGCGCAGAGCCGGCCCAGCAGCCUGCAGGCCUCGACCCACGGACGUCUUACGGCGCCGCGCGAGCUGCGCGUGACGGCCGUGGAGGAGACGGCGCUCAGGGCCGAGUGGCUGCCCCCGCCCGGAGGCCCCAUCUCGGGGUACCGCGUACGCUGCCUCCCAGCGGCGGGAGGCGAGGAGGAUGAGGGCGGCGCCGCCAGGCACCAGGAGGAGGAUGAGCUGCCCGCGGGUACCAGCAGCCACCGGAUGGAGGGCCUGCAGCCAGGGCAGCGCUACAUCAUCACGGUGACGGCCGUGCGGGGCCGGGAGCAUGGGCCACCGGCCUCCCUCUCCAUCGACACGUUGGAACCAUUCGUGACGCCGGAUUUCAAGGUGGACGUGACGGAGACGACCAUUACUAUCUCGUGGGCGAGCGUGCCUGGCCUCGUGGUCAGGGUGCUACUGGUGCUCAAUGAGGGGGGUGCGGACCCUCGCGAGCUGAGCGCCGAUUCAGGGGAGCUGUUGCUGCCGGACCUGACUCCCAGUGCGAAGUACACGCUCACCAUCAUCAUCCUGCUCCACGGCGUCCAGCGGGGACCCCCCAUCGUCAAACUUGUCACCACCUCGGUGCCGCCUCCGCGGGGUCUCGACGUGGAGCCGCGUGGAGACACGGGCGAACUGCGCAUCUCCUGGAUCGCCCCUGAAAUGCCAGAAGAGCCUGGCUUCUGGGUGACCUGCGUCCCCAUGGAGUCGGAGCCCCGGCUAAGCCCGGAGCAGCAGGAGGAGGCGACGGUCGUGAUCCGGCGCGACGCUCCGAUGGAGGUGGCUGGUGGCCGUGGUGGCGGCAUGGAGGUGGUGGUGGCGCCGGGACAGAGCAAGGCAUCGUGCUCUGGCCUGCAGCCCGGCGUGCCUCACCGCGUUUCGGUGUCCACAGUGCACGGGCGACACCGCAGUGACCCCGUCUCCACCGUCGCCACGCCCGUCGUUCCUCCGCCUACCGGCCUGCGCUUUGGAUCCGUGGGGCCCGACACGAUGCGUGUCUCCUGGCUGGCGCCCGCGCUGCCGCAACCUCCCUCCUUCUACCGCGUCGUGUCGGCCCAGGUGGACGGGUGGGAGCAACCCGAGGAGACGCGCGUGCCCGGGCAAGGGAGCGGGACUGAAACGACUCUCACAGAGCUGCGGCCGGGGACGGAGUACGAGGUGGCCGUCCACACCAUCGUGGGGGAGCAUGAGAGCGUCGCCCUCAUGGGGACGCACAGGACUGCCCCGGACCCGCCGCGCGAGCUGCAGAUCGUGACGGUGAGCGACUCGUCGCUGAACCUGCAAUGGCUGCCUCCAGCCGAGGCGGCGGUGUCCGGGUACCGCGUGCGCUGCGCCACUGAGGAGGACCCGAGCCGUACGGCGAUCUGGGAUGGCUCCACGGAGGACCUCGAUGAUCGCCGGGAAGCAAGCCGGGAGGAAGUUCUCCCCCGGGAUCAGACGUCGCUUAUGCUGGAGGAGCUCGCGCCGGGCCGGAGCUACAUCAUCAGCGUUCACGCUGUGCACGGGGCCGAGCAGAGCAGCGCGCUCACGGGACGCGCAAGCACGCUACGUCCGCUGAACGAAGAUUUGUUCAAGUUUGAGAUGAAGGACACGAUGAUUGUAAUCUCCUGGCCCCCAAUUCAAGGUCUCAAGAUCAAGGUGAUGUUUGUGGCGAGCAACGGACGUGGAGACCCCCGUUACGUGAGCUCCGACUCCGGGUUGAUGCUCCUGCCGGACCUGUCCCCCCGCGCGGAGUACACGCUCACCAUCAUCAUCCUACUCCACGGCACCCAGCGGGGACCCCCCAUCGUUAAGCACGUCACCACCGCUGCUGCUGCCUACGUAGAGGAGGAGGAGAAUGACGGCAGUGGAGGAGAACUGCAGCCCAUCCUGUACGAGGAAUUUCAGUCCGAGCUGGCCGAUCCCAGCGACCUGCGCUUCUCUCACGUGGGAGCCGAGUCCAUGCACGUGUCCUGGGCGCCGGUGCCGCCCCCCUCAUCCCCCACGCACUACGUGGUGCACUACUCGCCGCUGUACUCGAGCGCGGAGCCGCGCGAGGUGGUGGUGGCGGGCGACGCGACGUCCGUGGAUCUGGGUGGGCUGCACCCGGGUCUGGAAUACCGGGUGAAAGUGCGCGCGGCGGACGGAGACCAGCUCAGCGCUGGUGCGAGUGGAACGCACAAAACUGCCAUCGACUCUCCAACACAGCUAGAAUUCUUGGACGUGACGGACUCAUCGCUCACCGUCGCGUGGCAGCCACCGCGUGCCGCCAUAACGGGCUACCGGGUGAGGUACGGGCCCGAGGGCGGCGCUCCGGGCUACGCCAACGAGCGGCUGGUGACUGGUGAUCGGACGCAGCUGGAGCUGCACGACCUGGAGCCCGGCACGGACUACGUGGUGCGCGUGAUCUCCGUGGAUGGCCGCGAGGAGAGCCUCCCGCUCAUGGGGCAAACUCGCACCGAGGGGCGACCCCAACAGCUAGCGGCGCCGCGCGAGCUGCGCGUGACGGACGUGGAGGAGACGGCGCUCAGGGCCGAGUGGCUGCCCCCGCCCGGAGGCCCCAUCUCGGGGUACCGCGUACGCUGCCUCCCAGCGGCGGGAGGCGAGGAGGACGAAGGCGGCACCGCCAGGCACCGGGAGGAGGAGGAGCUGCCCGCGGGCACCAGCAGCCACCGGCUCGAGGGCCUGCAGCCAGGGCAGCGCUACGUCAUCACGGUGACGGCCUUGCGGGGCCAGGAGCACGGGCCACCGGCCUCCCUCUCCAUCGACACGCUGGCAGCUACCAAUUUUCUGCCAGAGUUCCGAAUUGAGGUGAACGAGACGACGAUCAACAUCUCCUGGGACUGGUGGCCUGGCCUGGAGAUCAAGGUGCUGCUGGUGCCCAGCGAGGAGGACGGAGACCCCCGUGAGCUGAGCUCCGUCUCGGGAGAGCUGCUGCUGCCAGACCUGACCCCCGACACGGAGUACACGCUCACCAUCAUCAUUCUGCUCCACGGUGCCCAGCGAGGACCCCCCAUCAUCAAACACAUUGCCACGCUUCCGCUCUCCGAACGCGAGCCUGAGAGCCUCGCCUUCCCGACGGCGCCGUCGCUUUACAGGCACGUCACCGCAGAUUUCAUCCGGCAAGUCAACGCUCAGUUCGUCAUUUCCACCAAGAAGCCACCGACAGCAUAUGCGACCAGCUUGAAUGUCACGUUUGACAUUGAAGCGACGUUGUCGAGCAUCGUCUUCAGAUGGAGAACGGUGCCGGGGCUGAGCAUCAAGGUGCGGCUGUUGGACAAGGAGUUCACCUCCGACUCAGGGGAGCUACUGCUUUCGGGCCUGUCCCCAGGCGUGGAGUACACGCUCACCAUUGUCGUCCUGCUCCACGGCGUCCAGCGGGGACCCCCCGUCGAGACGCGCGUCAAAACUCAUUCAAUACAUCAAGCAGCGUUGGGCGAGGACUUUGCCAAGUGGUUUAACAGCGUCCCUCCGACCUUCACCACAAAUAUGCCAGAGGUGCAGGUGAAACACGACCCGGACUUCAAGGUUCACACGACAGAGACGUCCAUCACAAUCUCGUGGAACUCAUUUCCUGGGCUGGUUAUCAAGGUGCUGCUGGUGCCAAGCGAGGGGAGCGCGGACCCCCUCGAGCUGAGCUCCGAUUCGGGGGAGCUGCUGCUGCCUGAGCUGUCCCCCGGUGUGGAGUACACGCUCACCAUCAUCAUCCUGCUCCACGGCGUCCAGCGGGGAACCCCCGUCGUCAAACGUGUCACCACACUGUCUCCGUUAAGCCUGGAGGUCGCCGGGGAGUCGCCCUCCAGCCUCACCCUGACCUGGUACCAGCCCUCGGCCCCCGUUGACCACUACACCGUGACGUGCACACCUCUGAGUGGCAGAGAGGAGGUGCGGGAGCUGCUCGUUCCGGGCUCCAGCAGCAGAGCAACGCUGCAGGGCCUGGCCACGGCGCAGGAGUACAACGUGAGCAUCCGCGCCACCUAUGGGCAGCAGCAGCAUGGGGGGCCUAUGCUGUCCUCCCAGCCCGUCUCCAUCGUCCACUACCUUGGUGUGGACCAACCAUCGGACAUGCAGAUACUGGAUCUAACCGAGUCCAGCAUCCGCGUGCGCUGGAACCCAUGCCGCGCCCCCAUCUUAGGCUACCUUCUCACGUGCACCCCGACAACGCACCCGGCUGGGAAUGAUGGAGCUGUGAGCUCCAUCGAGCAGCAGCACGGAGUCGGGGAACCCAUUUCCAUGGACCUCUCCCGUGGCGAGACCGACGUGACGAUCACGAAGCUCGUGCCCACCAUGGAGUAUGUCAUAAGUGUCUGUGCCAGGAGACACAACCAGGACAGCGAGCCCACUACACUCACGUUCACCACCAAAGUGGACAGCCCCCGGGGGCUUGAGUUCCUGCAAGUGGCGGAGACCUGGGUGCUGGUGCAGUGGGAGCCUCCAGAGGGCCGCGUCUCAAGCUACCGCAUCACCUACGAGAGUUCCAACGAAGGCACGCGGGAAUUCCCGCACGCGCCCCGAGUGCGCGUUGGCCCCUCGUCCACUCUGCCGCCCGACGUGGACCGCGCGUGGCCGCCCAGCUCCCGCGGUCCAUACAACGAGAUCGGCAUCCUCGCCGCUCUGGGCGAACGCUCGGUGGUGCCGGUGUCGUCCCUGAAGCAAGGGGAAAUGGAGCUCGGGUCAGAGGUCGUCGCGGUGCCCGAAGGGGUCGCCCUCAUCCUCUUCAGCGGCGACGUGGAGGAGGCGAACAUCACAGGGCUAACGCCCGGCCUGGAGUAUACCGUGCGUGUCUACGCCACGUACGGCCAAGACGAGAGUAUUCCCCUCACCGGCUGCCAAGUCACAGCGAUCCCCGCACCCACGGACCUGCAGUUCCACUUUGUGACGGCGUCCGGCCUCACGGUGUCGUGGGCGGCGCCUGUUGGUGUGGAGCUCACGGGAUUCCGCGUGGUGCUUAUGCCGCGCGACCGCAAAGGCCCCACGCUGGAGAGGAGCCAGAGCCCCAAAGUCACCACCACCAUCAUCAAUGGGCUCCUGGCUCAGACCGAGUACGAGGUGUCCGUGUAUGCCUUGAAGAACUACCUGGCCAGCAAGUCACUGCAGGCAUUCCAGAAAACACAAGCAAGUCUGUACGCGCCGGGCAGGCUGCGAGCCGUGAGUGUGACGGGUUCCACCGUGCUGGUGGCAUGGCGCUCGCGUGCCGUGCGUCUCUCCGCAUUCCUACUCAUCGCCACGCCGCUCUCCGACGAGGGCCGCUCAGCCGAACGACUUCUCAGCCCCCUGCUCCGUGCCUGCACAAUCACCGGUCUGUCCCCUGGCGUCACAUACAGCAUCAGCAUCUAUGCGAUGAGAGAAGGCUCCCGAAGCCAGCCAACCUCCAUCACCGUGACAACAAAGUUUUUGGGAGCUGCCUCCCCGACCAUCCUGCGAGAUGGACGCGGUGAUCACGUGGGAGCGGCCCCGGGGCAGCUUCACACGACGGUCACGUGGAGACCCAGUGGGGGCAGCACAGAGCAUCACGUGACCUGCCUGCCCAUCGGCGACAGCAGCCCCGUGGUGAAGCUAACACUGCCCGGGGGAGCGGAGGCAGCCACGCUGUUGGGGCUGCGGCCCGGCGCGGUUUACCGCGUGCUCGUGGAGGCGAUGGGUCUGGACGGACGCAGCACCUUGCUGGACGAGACUCUGAGCCUGAACAACACCGGCACGCCUGAAGAGGCCGGAGAGGCCAGGAUCCUGGACGGCUGCCUGGAGGGAGCCACGGGCACAGCGUAUGCCCCCGGGGAGCACUGGGAGCAACGCGCCCAGAACGGGCUGCUCCUCACGUGCACUUGCCUGGGCGAGGGACGUGGCCAUGUCCGCUGUGACUCCUCCAAAUGGUGCUAUGACAGCCGGCAGAGCUACCGCAUCGGGGAGCAGUGGAGCAAACUCUCUCAUGCGGGACAAAAGCUCCAGUGCACGUGCCUGGGCAACCUGCGUGGGGAGAUACUCUGUGAACCAGAUGAGAGCGUGUGCUACGAGGGAGGCAAGGAGUUUGCGGUGGGGCAGCACUGGAAGAAGGUGCACGAGAGCUUGGCCUGCUCGUGCGCCUGCCUGGGAGGGAAGGAGGGUUGGCAGUGCGAUUGCGAGCGACAGCGCGCCGGACAGCCGCCCUGGCAGGGUCCUCUCUCUGCUCGCACCGCGCAGCUGACUCGACAGUAGCGCCGCGAAGCAGAGGCACAAAGAGAUCAACUUGUGCCGUCUCAGUUAUGCAAGAUACAACACCCGCCAUGCACCUCUAUCUCAGGAUCAUCUGUAUUGAAACAUUGGCUCUUUUGGGGCCGAUGAGUUAUUCUGUAUUUUUUUCUACUCAAAUCAGAUGUUUCAUUUUGAAUCAUCCCAGCAUAUUUACUAAAAUGAAUAGAAUACAAUGCAGUUUUGUCAUUAGCUUUUCUCAUUGUGCAUGGGGCUGGUUGUUCUGUAUGUAGAGGAUGGUUUUGUAGUGUUUUUAGUUUUUAUUUAAUUACCUGAAAAUGGGGUUCUGCAUCUUUUAAUCAUUAGUUACAUAUUCUAAUACCGAUGGUAGGGCUAUACUAAUAGCAUUUUGUUAUUUUUUUCAAUCCUUAGCCUCGAUACACAAAGUAUUAGGCAAGUUGUAUAUCUCUACCAUUAUAUUAAUGUGUAGGCACUAUGUAUUAACUGUAUAAAUGUCAGUACUUUUUUUACUUAAAUAUCUCUACCUUGUAUGAAAUGUAGAGAAUUGCAAAUUUAUUGCAGUAUUGUGUUAAUAAACAGUUUACCAUUAGCCCAGGAUGAACAUGGGAAUAAAAUGUAAUUGCUUGGGCUUCCAAAAAACAAACAGUUUUCCAGAAUAAAAUUCAGUCUUUCUUGGAAUGUUCUUCACUACAA